AGGGGUUGAAAACAAAAACAGCAUGAGUGCUCAACCGGCCACGUUGGCCCCUUUCAAUAGAUGCACCUUCUGCCACACAAAAGCACUGAGGGCUUUCUCGUCAAACUGCGCUCCCUCCUCACUGCUGGACGGAAAUUUACAAAGCCAAAGAUCUGCAGCCGUCAUGAGUCCAGUGCUGAGGAAGACACUGGUUGCGUUAAGACUUUUUAGUGAAGUGAUGAGGGAAGUCGCCCCUGCCAGUCAAGAGGGAACUGACGCCCACUGGGAGCUCUCAGGCUGGCUCCUGUGUCUUGUAUGAAGCCAGUGUACAUGGUGGCAUGUGGCUGGGAUUAAGAAAUUUCACUGUGGAUUAAAAUCUUUCCAACGCCUCCAUGGCCACUCGCUAAAAGAAAGAAAGGAGUCUGAAGUUCCACGAGAGAUCCAGUGAGCCGUCUGGGUCCAUGGUCUCAGUCAGCAGCUCCAGGAUGUUCCAGCUGCUCCAGGGUCACAUCCAGCCGGCUGGACACCGAAGUUGCAAAACCCGCCUGGUCACCAAAGAUGGGCGCUGCAACAUUGAGUUUGGGAACAUUGAAUACGGUAACCACUUUGCGUACCUGGUGGACUUCUGGACCACCUUUGUGGAGAUCCGCUGGCGCUUUGUUCUCCUCCUGUUUGUGGCUUCAUUCACAGGAAGCUGGUUCAUCUUCAGCCUGCUGUGGUACUGGAUCGCAAAGAGCAAUGGCGAUCUGUCUGGACAGAACCGCACAGAUGGACACGUCCAGUGUAUAGACAAUGUUAACGGCCUCACGACGGCAUUCCUCUACUCCUUAGAGACCCAAACCACUAUUGGCUAUGGUGGUAGGGCGCUGACUGGGCACUGUGCUGGCACAGUGGCUCUAAUUAUCGUCCAGUCUCUGAUCGGAGUCUUUAUCAACUGCUUCAUGUGUGGCAUCAUCCUGGCCAAGAUCUCCUUACCCAAAAAAAGGGCAAAGACUGUCACCUUCAGCAGCACAGCUGUCAUCUGUUUGAAGAAAGGCAGUCUGUGUCUCCUGAUCAGAGUGGCCAACCUUCGAAAGACCUUACUGAUCGGCAGCCAGAUCUACGGCAAGCUGCUCAGGACAACAACCACACCAGACGGAGAGACCAUCAUUCUGGACCAGGUGGAUGUUGACUUUAUGGUUGAUGCUGGCAAGGAUAACUUGUUUUUUGUUUGCCCUCUGACUCUCUAUCACGUGAUUAACAGAUCAAGCCCAUUCUACGAGCUGUCAGCCGACAGCCUCCCCCAGCAGGACUUUGAGUUGGUGGUCUUUUUGGACGGGACAUCCGAGUCCACCAGCUCCUCCUGUCAAGUCCGAACCUCCUACAUCCCACAGGAGAUUCAGUGGGGGUACACUUUUCUGCCCAUCAUCUCCCGCACCAAGACGGGAAAGUACCAGGUGGAUUUCUCGAACUUUUCCAAAAGCGUCCGGGUCACCACGCCGCACUGCGUCCACUGCUUUGAAACCGACACGGACCAGAGAAAUCACAACAGCCACAACCAUCAGAAGAUUGGGAUUGACAAUCUGGGGUUUCAGGUGAUUGACAUUCACGAUUCUGUGGACAUCACUAAGAUGUGAAUGAGCGGGAAAGGAACUCAUUCUCAGACUGGAAGUAAAUCAUAGUAAAAGAGGAUGUGGCACAUGUGAAAGGUGUGAGAAGCAAUGUGGAUAUUUCAAGUAAAGUUUCACUUUUAGUCAGAAAUAUUUGGUCACACUGCUGCUGCUUCUUCCAGUGAACAUUUAAAUUACUGUCGACUCUUUUGCUUUGAACAGCAAAAACAUUUGAAGUCGUUAAACUGUCCGGAUGAAAAUUCAGACAUGAGUGAGAGCUAAGCCGCUCAUUUCAAUCAAAGCAUCGAUGGGACUUUGUGACUUUGUCUAGGUAAUGUGUGGAAGCUGGCGGAAGAGGGACUGAAGUUUUGACGUGGAGAAAAUGAAAGGGGUAAAAUACUGGAUGUCACAGUGGGUACUUCUUGAAGGAGAUUAGGGCCUGAGCCUGUUAUAAUGAAAAACUGUGCGCUACAAUGGCUGUGGGAGGACAAAAAAGUAGGACAGGCCUUUUGAGUUUUCUUAUUAUUUCUACUAAAAUGCUAACUGUACGCUAUUUUUGUGUUGACACAUUUUGUGUGCCUUGAUAAUUAGGAGACUGAACAUAGCUGCUAAAUGCAAUGAUUUUAAUUGUGACCAGUCUACAUUUUGUAGAUUAUACUGUGUUAACAUUCAAACUUGUUCUCAGGGAACCUAACAUCUUUAGCUGGAAUAAACCUUUUUUUCACGAUGAAUUGGCUCCCUGCU